AUGAAUAAUUAUGAUAUGGUAACAGACUAUAGAUCUUUUGAAAUGGAAGAUCUUAUAGCUAUAGAAACAAGUAAUAAACCAACUGAUCCUCAUUUUUCAAUGGCUUUAUGUUUAGCAAAUUCAGUAUUAAUAAAGAAUAACGUAGAAAAUAAAGAUUUAAAAAAUAUUGAUAUGAUUGAAUCAAUGCCUUGUUAUAAUACUUUUACUAAUUUAGUUGAUCACGUACCUCAUAAAAAAAUUAUUUUUCAAGAAUUAGGAACACAUCAAUCAUCUUUAAUUGAAUAUAAUAAUAGCAACAUUACUAAUCAACAAGAAGCUAAUAAAAAAAUGCAUUAUUUAAGUAAUGUAAAGAAUUUUGAUAAUGUUGAAACAAAAAUAGAAGACGAUGAAACUUGUUACAUAUUUCGUCCCUAUGGUAAAGAUAAAUUAUACCAUAGAAAUGAUAAUAACUAUCUUGAAACAAUAAAUGAAAGGGAUAACAAAAAUUAUUAUUCUUCUGAAAAAUUUGAAUCAUAUUAUACACCAUGUUAUCAUCGAUGUACUUCAAUUAAUUGCUUUUCAAUGACCGAUGAUAAAUAA